UUUUUGCUCGUGUUCAGUUCCAAUGGUAUGGCGCUUGUGUGUAAGAUGAUUUUAUAAAAUUUUAUAUGAUAAUAUCUAAAGACAGAUCACAUGUGUUUAGUGUAUCGCGCGUAAAGUGGUGCGCAGAAGAAACGUACGGAAGUACCGUCAUAAAACGUGGAACAAAAGGAGCGUGUAGCUAGCGCGCUGAACACACUGUUAAUGAUUCUUAAUGUAAACGUAAUUUUAUUAAGUUGAAAGAGAGCAAAGAUGUCACGUUCAAAGUCAGAAAAAAAUGGGAAUGGUAACAAAUGCGAGUUGAGUAUUUGGACACGUGCAAUUACAGCGAAUUCAGAAUGGCCAGAUAAAGAAGAAUUUCUUGAUGUUGUUUAUUGGGCUAGACAAGCAAUAGGCAUUAUUGUUGGUGUAGGAUGGGGUCUUAUACCUUUAAAAGGUUUUAUAGCUCUAUUAUUAUUUGUACUAGUCAAUGCAGGCGUUAUGUAUCUAUAUUUUAACAGUUUUCAACAAAUAGAUGAAGAAGAAUAUGGCGGUAUAUGGGAGUUAACUAAGGAAGGAUUUAUGACUUCAUUUGCUGGUUUUUUGGUGACGUGGAUUAUCAUAUAUUCAGGACUACAUUUUGACUGAUUUAGAAAUAAAAAGUGAUAACACUUGGACUGAAAAUCGAAUUAAUUUGUAAGUGUAAAAUCACUUACUACAAUUGCUAAUGGAAAGUGCUUUAUAUUCGCAUAUGCUUGACUUUAUAAGCACUGGUCUAUGUAAAAGCAAACAUUUUCUAUAUAAAACGCUGGUAUAUAUUAACGGCGUGUCUACGAAAGAAACGAAAGGUAUCAUUUUACAAAGUAUGCAAAAUAAUAUCUUCUUGCAAUUUAUUACCCGUAGAUAAUACUUGUUAUACAAGAAUGAAUUAUGUAUAUACAAGCCUUUUUAUCGUAUUAAAUAACUAUAUUGAA